CUGCUCUCUUUCUAGUUCUAGAACUCAAACGUGAGGCGAGAUCGAAGACUUCACUGGCAUUAAGAUUCCAGUCGGUAGCGCCUAGGGUUUCCACGUCGGCGCUCCACUUACCGGGAAUCGGCCGCCGUCGGCGCCCAGGGAGUAGGCAGCCAGGAUGGCGGCGAUGGACUUGAAUGUGGCUCUUCUUCGGUAUCUACGGUGAUAAUGGCGCCGGGUGGUAUGCUUCUCUUGGCCGUCUCCUCACGGGGGAAGAUGCACCUGCUGGCGAUCCUUGCGCUUGCCUUCCACUUGAGCCCACUUUGUUUCGUGGUCGGGUUCCCACAUGGCUCCUUUCUGUUGGCUUCAUGUCUUCAUUAGAAGUCUGAGAAAGUCGCCAACUUGUUGGAAUUCUAGGUUUGCCCGACCUGUUUGUUUGAGCGUUCUACUCUGUGCUCGCUUAGUAUUCGUUAGGGUUUCAAAAUCCAAAAUUUGGAGUGUAAACAUGACUGGAAAAAAGUAACAGCAUGGUGUAAAGGCAUCUCAUUGACCGCAGUUUUGAUGAGAAUAAGACCAACAUGAUUAAUUGAAUAAACGCAUUUCACUCUUUAACUUGUUUCAUUGUAGUACUAGGAAAUUCUUCCUGUGUAUCUAUCUUCAUAAGUUCCAGAAAUAUCUGAUUUUGAGCGGGUAAUGUACAGUUUUAGCUGUACAUCCUCAUUAUUCAUAUUCCAUAUAAAUGUAAAGCAAUGAACUACUUGGGACUAGGGUUAAGCUCAACCAACCCACCUGAAAACAGAAAGGGAACAAUUAAACGAGGACCUGUCCCAGAUUUUCCUCAAAAUCCUCAUGUAAACGCUCAGGAUCCUAUUCCAAAAGAUCACGAUAGUGUUUCUCUUGCAUCAUCACCAGCAUUAUCUACUCCUUGGCGAGGUCAAGAUUGUGAUGACGUAGUAUGUUCUGAACCGUUCAUGUCAACUGCAAUUGGUUCACCUUGUGAUUGUGUGCUGCAUGUUCGAGUAACUAUUGAUUUAGGGGUGCCUCCAUAUAUAUUUUUUACACAUAUUACAGAAUUUGAAGCUGAGAUGGCAGCAGGAACAUUCUUGAAGCAGAGUCAGAUAAAGAUUAUGUCUGCUGUUGGUCUGAAGGAGAAGGAAGGAACAACUCGUGUCACUAUAUUCUUGGUACCGCUUGGUGAGAAAUUUGAUACUACGCUAGUUAUGCUUAUUUACGAGAGACUUUGGCAGAAAAAGGUGCCCAUCAACAAAUCUAUAUUUGGUGAUUAUGAAGUAAUAUAUGUUCAUUAUUCAGGACUUCCUUCUUCCCCACCAUCUAUGCCUAGGGGAUCUACUGUGCUAGGUCCUGAUUACGAUGGAAGCUACCAAUAUCCCCUGAUAGCAGUUGUUCCAAUGAGCAAGUUGAAGAAAAUAAAUGCUGCAAUCAUCGCAGUAAUUGUAGUAUCCUCAUUCAUUCUUAUACUAGCUUGUUCUGGCAUUAUCCUUUUUAUUCUAAAAUGGAAAAAUCUUGGACGACAACCUGCUUCUCUAGGCUCUACAAUCACCCAAUCAGUAACUAGAACAUCUGGCAUUAAAUGCAUGGUGCCAAAUAGCAUAAAUAACUCACCUUCAGAUGCCAUCGUUUUGGCUUCUUGCCCACCUGCAUUGAAGGUAUUUUCGUUAGCUGAGAUUGAGAAGGCUACAGAAAAAUUCUGUUCAAAUAAAAUAUUAGGGGAAGGAGGUUUUGGAUGUGUUUACCAUGGGACUCUGGAUGAUGGAAGUGAAGUUGCUGUUAAGCUGCUUAGCAAAAGGAAUCAAAAUGGAGAACAUUUCCUUUCAGAAGUAGAGAUGCUUAGUCGACUGCAUCACCAAAAUCUUGUAAAGUUAAUUGGUAUUUGCACUGAAGACGAUAAAAGUUGUCUGGUUUAUGAGCUUGUACGAAAUGGAAGUGUUGAAUCCCAUCUCCAUGGUGUUGACAAGAAGAAAGGACCCCUAGAAUGGGAUAUUCGGGUCAAGAUUGCGCUUGGUGCAGCUAGAGGCCUUGCGUACCUACAUGAGCAUGCCAACCCUCAUAUUAUACAUCGAGACUUCAAGUCUAGUAAUGUACUACUAGCGGAAGAUUUCACUGCCAAGGUGACAGAUUUUGGUUUGGCUAGAGAAGUAUCAGAAGGUAGUCAACAUGUUUCAACUAGAGUCAUGGGAACAUUUGGGUAUGUUGCGCCGGAGUAUGCAAUGACGGGGCAUUUGCUUGUUAGUAGUGAUGUAUACAGCUACGGGGUUGUGUUGCUGGAGCUUUUAACUGGUCGCAGGCCUGUCUACUAUUCCUCAUCCCGGGAGCCAGAGAAUCUUGUGACAUGGGCACGCCCUCUCCUUGCCACGAGGGAAGGAGUCAUGCAAGUCAUGGAUCCAUCCUUGCAUGGAAGAUGUAACUUUGACGACGUUGUCAAAGUUGCAGCCGUAGCAUCAAUCUGUGUUCAUAGCGAUCCGUCUCAAAGGCCAUUCAUGAGCAGAGUUGUUCAGGCCCUGAAGCUGAUAUGCCAUGACAUGGAUGAUGCUGAUUCACAAAGCCAGAAAGAGUCAUCUUCCGGCCGGGAGCAUGACUACGGAGGAGAUUUGGAAGCUGAGAUGAGCUGGUGGAGCCAGACUUCGCCGCUGUCCUACAGGCAUGGCUCUCCCUUCAUCACCAUGGAGUACAACAGUUUGGACUCAAUGGAUCAAUUGCGGAGGAUACAACGGGCUUCAGCAUCAGAAUCUAAGUACAGCAGAUCUGCUCCUUCAAGAAUAAGCAAGCAAAAGACCUCCCUCUAUAAAUUGAGAAGAAAUGUUAGCGAACAUGGACACCUCUGUGCAAAUCGUCCGUAUGGAUCAAGUUUUUGAAAGGCAAUGAUACUCAUUCUUACCUUUUUUUUUUUUCCGUAUUUUCUAUUAACUUUACAGAUUUGUAAUAGAGAUGGCUAUGGCCAACCAUGUCCUAAGGAAGAGGUUGAGCCUUUGGAUUUCAUUUCGUAUGAAAUCCUUUAUGGGUUGAAGUUGUCGAUAUAUGUUAUCCCUUUAACAUGACAUAUGAAUAAGUUGUAAUUUCAACCA